AAAAACUCGGAGGUGCAGACUCACACGGAAACCUCCAAAAGAUACAUCAAAACCCCAAGAUUCGUGAGAACUGAACCCAAAUUCAAAUCAAUUCUACUUCACGCAAACUACAAACAAUCCCUUCUUCUUCUUCUUCUUCUUCGUGGUCGAUGGAAGGGAAACCUUCAUCUCCAGCAACCACAACAGCAGCGAAAGACCACGGUCCUAAUUCUCUAACCUCCCCAAAACCCUACUUUCCACGCAGACUUCGGGAAUAAUUCGUCGACAAGAAAGAUAAAAAUGUUCCCUUGGAAUAUUGGGAAGUCGGCCGAGGCGAUGUUCUCGCGGUGGGCCGUUAAGAGGGUCUGCAAAUUCGUGUUGAAGAAGAAAUUGGGGCAGUUCAUAUUGGGGGAUAUCGACCUUGAUCAGCUUGACGUGCAGCUCCGCGAGGGCACGAUUCAGCUUAGCGAUCUCGCGCUUAAUGUCGAUUGUCUCAAUAAGAAGUUUGGUGCAGCAGCAUCAGUAAUUAUAAAAGAAGGGUCCAUUGGCUCUUUACUGGUUAAAAUGCCUUGGAAGGGUGAAGGUUGUCUGGUUGAGAUAGAUGAACUUGAGCUUGUGCUUGCUCCUUGUUCGAAGAAUAAUUCACCAGCUGGGAGUGAAACUUCUUGUUCAGUUCAGCAGGGUGAUGAUGGUCUCCAUUCUGACUUUCAAAAGGAUGAGCAUGACAUGGUGGAUGACGCUGCCAAAUCUAUGUUUGGGGAUGUUCAUGAAGGUGUUAAGACGAUUGCAAAGAUGGUCAAACGGUUGCUUACAAGUUUCCAUGUGAAGAUAAAAAAGUUGAUAGUCGCAUUUGAUCCAUAUUUGGAGAAGGAAGAAAAGAAUGCGGGCAGUCGCACAACCCUAGUGCUUCGAAUAUCAGAAACCGAAUGUGGAACUUGUGUUUCUGAAGAUGCCAAUUUAAAUGGUGGUGCAAGAGUUGAGAGCUUUCUUGGAAUAAAUCAGUUGACAAAUUCUGUGAAGUUUCGAGAAGCGGUACUUGAACUUCUUCAAAUUGAUGAUGACGACAAUAAAGAAAGCUCUCCAUGCAUAUCAAGAACAAGUUUUGGUGAAUACGUUUCGGUCCACUGCCCCUCAAAUAUUACCACUCCUGUUGUGACUGGGAAAAGAGGCGGGUUUUCUGGGAAUAUAAAAUUAAGUAUACCUUGGAAGAAUGGAUCCUUAGACACUCACAAAGUGGAUGCAGAUAUUCACAUUGAUCCUGUGGAAUUGAGACUUCAGCCCUGCACAAUUAAAUGGCUCUUGCUUUUAUGGGGAACUCUAAAGAACCUGGACACUGAUAUUGAGGAUCAUAUGCAGUACGAUUUAACAGAUUCUUUUAACAUUAAUGCAGCAUCCUACAGCCAUUCAUCAACACCAGUUACUGCACAUGUUACUGACAAGGUGAUGCGUUGUGGUGGUUUUCCAAUGGACACAUCUUCUUUGGCACUGCAAGAUCCAGUCACUGAAACUCUGCUACCUGGGUCACAUGUCAUCUCAGAUUGGUUGCCAUUUGCAGUCCAUGAAAACCAUAAAAAUUGCUUUGAAGAAGAACUUGAAUUUGGGGCAAGUGUAGAUCAAUUUUUUGAAUGUUUUGAUGGAAUACGAAGUUCCCAAUCAGCUUUAACAAGCAGUGGGAUGUGGAACUGGACAUCUUCUGUUUUUAGUGCAAUUACUGCAGCAUCCAGCCUUGCUUCUGGAUCUUUGCAUAUGCCCUCUGAACAGCAGCAUGUUGAAACCAUUGUGAAAGCUGCAUUUGCUGAAAUUUCCAUCAUUCUUUCUUUCCAUGAUGAAGACCAAAAGCAUUUGUGUGAUCCUGAGGGUGAUCAGGUUAAUGUUCAUUAUCUGGGUGCAGAAUGCAGAGACAUUGUUCUUCAUUUGCAGGUAUGUCCUCAAGAAAUGAAGUUUGAUGGAAUGGUGGAGUGUAUUAUGGUUUCUGAUUACCACAGCAGUGAAAACAAUGCCAUGGACUUUGGGUUGAACAAGAGUCAAAAGCAUUCUAUUCAUCAACUGCAAGCUGAAGUUCAAGGUGCCCUCCCUCCAUUUGCCUCUCCUGCUGAAGAUCCUCAUUCAGAGGAAAUAAAUAGUUUAGUUGCUGAAGAUUUUCCUUUCGUUAAUAAGGGUGGUGUAGUCAAAGUUACAUUGCUUAAAACUUCAGGCAUCACUCAUUGCCAAUAUUCUGUGAGUUCAAGUUCAUCAGAUGGCAGUUUUACGGGGCCAACAUCAAUUUCAUUGCAAUUAUCACCUUUUGUUUUCUGGGUGAACUUCCCUUUGAUUAAUACAUUAAUGAAUUUAUCCAUGGAAGUGGUAAAAUCUGUUGAGAUAAACAGCAAAAGGAAUGAAUUCCCACCCCGGGCCUUCAAUGAGAAGCAAGGAUUGUCACAUGCAGAUGCUAGAAGAGGUUCUACUCUACCUAUGACAAGCUUGUCUUCAACAGAAAGUUUGCGUGGCAAUAUAAUGAUGCCCAUUGCUCGGGUAAUCCUAUGCUUCCCUUUUGAAAAUGGUGAAGAUAGUAGAGGUUACUCUUCCUGGGACCAGUUUGUUGUUUUUGACUUUUCAUCACGGUCGGCGUUGAAUGUGGGAGUGAAUAAAGACACGAGUCCAACUUCAGAUGCAAGUUUACAGAAAAAACAUUUUUUGACGACCACAAGGUCUUUGCGUUUGCAUGUUGGCGAUCUUCAAAUUUAUUCGGUCUCUUCUGCAAGCGAAGAUAAGGUUGGAAUUAACUCCUGUAACAUGCAGAAUAAAAAAAUUUCUUCUCAGAACAUUCUGUCCAUGACAAACAAAACAGGUUGUGUUUCUGUCAUCAGUAUGCUUUGGCCGGAGGGUCAUGUGACUGGUCCUUGGAUACUAAGGAGGGCAAAGCUCUUAGCCACUUUAGGGGAAUCAAGGAGUAGUUAUAAAUUUGUGGGGAAGGGUUAUGAGUUUGCUUCUGUGUCUACUGUGAAAGAUCUGGAAGGGUUAAAUUCUCAAACUCGACAAGAGAUAAUUCUGAGCUCUGUACUCUUCUUUCAUGUUCAUUUAUCUCCUGUUACAUUUACUCUUUGCAGUUCUCAGUAUAAAGUAUUACAUGAUCUUUUAAAUCAGGUGAUGAAUGGAUUGUCAUGCAUGGGUUCUGAUGCUGCCAAUUCUAGGGAACCAUCUUCUGUGUCUCAAACAUCACUUCUUGUGGAGUGUGAUACGGUAGAUAUUUCGAUUAUCCCAGAUGCAAAAGAGGAUAUUGGAGGCUCAAUGCAGAGUGAACUUCCAGGAUCAUGGUAUCUUCUGAAACUGAAAAUUCAGAAGUUUGAAUUGCUGUCUGUCUCAAAUAUUGGAGGUAUUAAGGAUGCCAAAUUUUUUUGGCUAGCCCAUGGAGAAGGCAAAUUGUGGGGUUCCAUCACUGGGGUUCCCGAGCAAGAGUUUAUUCUAAUCUCGUGUAGUGAUUCUACCUUAAAGCGUGGUGAUGGAAGAGGUUCCAAUGCAUUGUCGUCUAGAUUGGCGGGUUCUGAUAUUGUAUACCUGUGGGAGCCAGAGAGUUUUCAUGGUUUUACAUCCAUAAAUGUCAGAUGUGGUACCAUUGUUGCAAUAGGUGGUCGCUUGGAUUGGUUAGACACUAUAUCCUCCUUUUUCAGUUUGCCCUCACCUGAGACGGAACUAGCUGGUGACAAUAGUAUGCAGAAGGAUCUGAAUACAUCAUGUGGGUCCUCUUUUGUUCUUAACUUUGUUGAUGUUGGAUUGAGUUAUGAGCCUUACUUGAGGAAUUUGGUGGAUGGGAUUGAAGUUCUUGAUCCCAAGUUUUAUUCUUCAAGUGCCAAAGAAAAAGAAUGUGUGGCUGAAGAAUAUGUUGCCUGUCUGUUAGCUGCAUCUUCCUUCAAUCUAUCAAAUUCAUCUGUCGAAAACUCAAUUGACAGCGAGUACAAAAUCAGAGUGCAGGAUCUUGGGCUGCUUCUUCGUAAAGUUUCAGAGCCCAAUAUUCUUGGUGGCACUUACAAUGUUGAGCAUCUUCACAAGGUUGGUUAUGUUAGAGUUGCUCGGGAGGCACUCAUUGAAGUAAUCUUGAGAACUAACUGUAAGAAUGGCCUUCUAUGGGAGGUGGAAUGUUCUAAAUCUCACAUUUACGUGGAAACUUGCCAUGACACCACUUCUGGUCUGAUUCGUUUGGCCUCUCAACUUCAGCAGCUAUUUGCUCCUGAUGUGGAGGAAUCGGUUGUGCAUUUGCAGGCUAGGUGGAACAAUAUUCAGAAGGCACAAGAGAGUAACGAUUUCAAUGAUGCAACUAGGACUUUUGGUGGUGAUUCUGUGCCAUCAACUUCACGAGUGUGUACCGCAAGUGUAGAUACAAAGAGUGAACCCGGAUUGGUUGGUUUGAUGGAUGAGAUAUGUGAGGAUGCAUUUCAAUUUAAUAGCAAUGGUAUCUACCAAUUUGAUUCUUCUGAGUCCCACAUCUGUGUUUCACUCAAUGAAAGCCUUCUUGGUGAUUCGUGUGGCUUAAAUGUUGAAACUACUGAAAUAUCAUCCCAUGAUCUGUCCAUCAAUGAGUCCAUGCCUGUAGUGGGACUGGAAAGUAGUCAGACCUCAUUUUUAGAAGAAGAUUACUUUCCAGAGUUUAUAGAAGCUGAUUAUUUAUCUGAAAUUUUCCCUGUGUCAGAAUUAUCUACGGGCAAACAAUCUAUGCCUGAGAUACCUAAAUGCAGAUCCACGAAUGCGGGGUGUGGAGAUCUUGAAACAGGAAAUAGUGGAUGGUAUGGGGACACUUUUGUAAGAAUUGUAGAAAACCACAUUUUAGAGGCUAGUGAGCAAGGUGGUGUGGAACAUUUUGUGGAAGGCAAGCUUCCUUUUAUUGAUAAUACGAGAUAUGCUGAUACUGGAAAGGUUACUGGGCGUAUACAUUUAAAGAAGAUUGAUGUCAGAUGGAAAAUGUAUGCUGGUUCUGACUGGCAUGAUUCUAGAGAUGAUGGUGAGCAUUCUAUGCAGUAUCAUGGAAGGAAUAAAACUAUAUGUCUGGAGCUUUCUUUAUCGGGGAUGGAAUUUCAGUAUGACCUUUUCCCAAUUGGUGGAGUAUGUGCAUCUAAACUUUCUCUUUCAGUUCAAGAUUUUCAUCUUUACGAUAGGAGCAGGGAUGCACCAUGGAAACUGUUACUUGGAUAUAAGCAUUCAAAAGAACAUCCCAGAGAAUCCUCCUCGAAAGCAUUGAAACUGGAAUUAGAAGCUGUCAGACCAGAUCCUUUUAUUCCUCUUGAGGAGUAUCGGUUGCGCAUUGCUUUGCUUCCCAUUCUACUGCAUCUUCAUCAGUCCCAACUUGAUUUUCUCAUCAACUUUUUUGGGGCUAAGAACUCACUAGUCAACCAGUCUCCUGCUUGUUACCAAGAGUCAGAUGGUUCAAAAUUGUUGCAUGGCCAUACAAUUCCAAAUGAGGCAUUGCUUCCCUUCUUUCAGAAAUUUGAUAUAUGGCCUGUUGUUGUUCGGGUUGACUACAGUCCUCACCAUUUUGAUCUCACAGCACUAAGCAGUGGGAAUUAUGUAGAACUCAUGAAUCUUGUCCCCUGGAAGGGUGUUGAGCUACAACUGAAGCAUGUCCAUGCUGUUGGCAUCUAUGGCUGGGGCAGUGUUUGCGAAACAAUUAUAGGGGAGUGGCUGGAAGAUGUUUCACGAAACCAGGUUCAUAAAAUAUUGCGAGGCCUUCCUCCUAUCCGAUCAUUUGUUGCUGUUGGUUCCAGCGCUGUGAAGUUGGUUUCUUUGCCAGUUGAGAACUACAAGAGGGAUCGUAGAGUUCUCAAGGGAAUGCAAAGAGGCACAGCUGCAUUUCUUAGAAGCAUUUCACUUGAAGCUGUUGGACUUGGGGUACAUUUGGCUGCUGGGGCUCAUGAUAUUCUGGAGCUAGCAGAAUAUAUUUUUACUAGCAUUCCUCCUUCUGUACCAUGGGCUGGACAAAGUACAUUGAAGACACAUGUAAGAUCUGAUCAGCCUAAUGAUGCGCAGCAAGGACUCCAACGGGCUUAUGAAAGCCUUAGUGAUGGCUUGGGAAAAUCUGCUUCUGCCUUAGUCCGGACUCCCUUGAAGAAGUACCAGCGUGGAGCUGGUGCCGCAUCUGCUUUGGCAUCUGCAAUUCGUGCAGUUCCUGCAGCUGCUAUAGCUCCUGCUUCUGCUUGUGCAAGUGCUAUACAUUAUACUCUUCUUGGCUUUAGAAAUAGCCUGGAUCCUGAGCGUAAGAAAGAAUCCAUGGAGAAAUAUUUGGGUCCCACACAGUUAUCAGAACAAGAUUAAUGAGGGUAUAUCUUGACCGGUCAAGUAAAGAACUGCUUUCCCAUCCAUGAAAGGGAGCUGAUAAAGAGUUUCGUUGUUGCUGUGGAGGGGUGCAUGUAUCAUGUAAGUUACUUUUUUCAGAAUUUACUCCCUCUCUAUAUGGGAAAUUAUAGUGUAUGAAUUGUUGGUUAAAGAUUUACGGGGACACGACAAUUUAGUUUCUACAGUAUACAAAACAUUUCUUGUUUGUCAGCUGAAGUGCUUGCUCAACCACUGGCAAAAUACCUCAUUUUCUACCUGAUUCUCAAAGUUGUCAUGCUUGGUUUAUUGGAUGCAGAUGUACAGUUAACAAAGCUACCGAUUGAUUUAUUUCCCGUCGGGAAAUGAUAAGACGGCAAUUUUUGUACAAACUGUAAAUAUCCAAUGGUUCUUAUAAUUUUUUGCCGCACUCACAAGCCUUGUAAUUGUAGUUAUCCAUCAUGUUAUUCUUUUAAAGCCUCAAUUAUGAUGAAAGUUGCUUCUGUUGUAAAUAAUUCAGCAAACAUUGUUUUCCCAAUCAGAAAUGUUUGAUCA